AUGCCAGCUUGGAUUCUGAAAGACAAUUCACUGCGCGAUGAAAAAAUUGUAGUUGAGGAUAUAGAUGAAUAUCAAGUUGAAGAGAUUGUUAGCAUCCAAGAGGAUAAAAUUGAUCAAAAUCUAGUAGACAAUGAUGAUGACGACAAAAAGCCUUUAAAUGAAUCUGAUGAAAAUCUAGAAGACAUUGAUGAUGAUAAAACGCCUUUAAAUGAAUCUGAUGAAAAUCUAGAAGACAUUGAUCAUGAUAAAACGCCUUUAAAUGAAUCUGAUGAAAAUCUAGAAGACAUUGAUCAUGAUAAAAAGCCUUUAAAUGAAUCUGAUGAAAGUCUAUUAUACAAUCGUGAUGACAAAUCUAUAAAUGAGUCUGACGAUGAGCCCUUGGAUGAAUCUAUUUACGAGAACUGGAAAGGUUUGGGCAAUGAUUCGAAGCACAAGAAAUUUAACUGGAUUAAUACUGAGAAUUUUAAUAACGGUGAAAACAAAGAUGACAAUAUUCAAAAUAACUCAGCUCCAGUUCAUAAAAUUACCAAAAGUAAAAUCUCUAACUAUAAUAACAACAGUGAAAUUAAAUUUGAGAAAGCUAAUGUUCAAGAAUAUUUUGCCACUACUAUUAGUUCUAAUAACUCUAUUGAUGAAGAUCACUGCUACUCGAAUAAGUCCCCCUUGGUUGAAACUCACGAAAAUAAAGUUGAAUCUGUUGUGACUAGUAUAACAAGACAAAUUAAGAAAGAAGGAAAAUAUUUUCAAACGUGUCCUGACAUAAAUUUGAUUAAUGAUGGGGUUGUUAAAAAAUUACGCGAAAUGAACAAGGAUAACUCGAAGAAGGGAAAAAAGAAAAAUGGUAUAACAUUAGAAAGCUUCGGUAAAAUUUACCAAAGUAAAUUUCAGAUAUUAUAUCCUAUAUACAAAGAUCGUGAGCUAACACAGGCAAAUAGUGAGAAUGAAGAUAAAGAUGACAAUGGUAAAUCCCUGUCACGGGUUAUUGACUGUCAAGACAAAAUAACGCUGAAUGUUUAUGUAUAUAUUGAAUUGGAGAUGCCAGAAACUUUUAAUAAAAAACCAAAAGAGGCUAAAUUACGUGAUUUUCCGAAACAUAUAAUUCUAUCAGAACAAAAUUUACUAGGAGAAAGAAAACAACUACGUUAUCGCUUGUGUGGAGUGAUAGGAUACGCAAAUAAACAUUAUGUAGCUUAUUGCCAAGGCUUAUCAGGCACAUGCAACAAUGGAUGGGUGGACCUGGAUAUGGAUUUUGGUUCCUCGAAGCCUGUAAAAAAAAAGCCCAAGAAAUCCAACCUAGAAUCAAUGGAACUAGACUACAUUGACAGUUUGAUAAUCUUAAAGCAUAAUAAUAAGACAAAGGAAGCUGUUACAAGAGUCCCAAAGAUCCUCUUUCUGUCAGGAGUUUCUGGUUGUGGAAAAACAGCUGCGUUGAAGGUCUUAGCUAGAGAAAACAAGCUUGAUAUAGUUGAGUGGAUCACUCCCGCAAAAUCAGCGGCUUAUUUAGAUGAUGAUAACAGGAUAGUUGAGCAGGCAGAUAAGUUUUUUUGA